UUUCGGUUCGUUUGAUAGGACUGCAUGCGCGGACGGUCAGGUUCCCUUGCGUGCCCAGCGGUCUUUCGGCGAGUAUGGACGGCUCGAGCGGAAGUCAGCUGCAGGACUAAAGCGGGUACUAGAGCCUGAGGCGAAACAGAGGAGACACUGGCAGGCUACAGGAAAAGAGACUUUUCCACAUCCGACGUCUGUCGUUCGUGUUCGACGCCGUGAUGUGGUGUAACGGAAACAAUCAUGUGCGGCCGAAAGGAAGCCUCAACAUCAUAGAUGAGCUGGCAGAACAGGUGCCAGACGGACUGUAUACUCUGUUCGUCGGUGCAAGGGCGCCGAAGGGUUGGGUGACUGGCGAGCGCAGCCGAGAGACAUCGCGGGCACUGUAAGGGAUAGUCCUGGUGUGCAUCAAGACUAGAUGAAGUGAAGUGUCAGAGUGGCAGCGCCUGAUGUCACGCCCAGAUCGAGCGAGGCGAGGAGGGCUUUGACGGGUUGGUCCAAGGCCGCGAAGGCCGGUUGAUGGUGUGCAGAGGGUUGAAGAUGAGGCUGCAGUUCGCUGGAUCUUGCAGGGAGCCGUAUGUUUCGAGUUUGGCUGCCGCUCUUGGUGCCUCUGGCGUCUCCAUCGCCUGGUGCAAGCGCCGUUCAAGUUGUGCAUCAGCGCUAACAGUCUGCGAGUUGCAGUCAGAAGUGCCUGUACCUGUGCCUGUGCCUGUGGACGCGGAAUGGACGCGAAUAAAAGGUACCUGUCUGUCCCUUGGCCAACACUUGAAUAGCACGACCACUAUUACUGCACCAUUCGUUAUCAUUGCAAUGCAGUGGGAGAGUCACCGGUGCCGAGCGUCUUUCACGACUGUUCCUUGGCCGAGUUUUCGAUGAACUUGAAGCGCGCCGACCGCCGAGUCUGUGGUGACUGGUGCCUUUCCCGGUGCCUCGAAGAUGCGGCAAGCCCCCUCAGCUUCGCACGUCCCAGGCCAGCGCCCAAUCAUGCCCCGGGCCCCAGUUAUUUAGCCUCUUUUCCAGGCGUGGCAUGAACUGUGUUUAGAGGCGACUGCCACUGCGACUGCGAGGGCUCUGCAGUUGUCCACUCGCUGCAGUGUCGCCUUUCAGGAGCAGUUCCAGUUCCCUACCGCUGCGCGCCGCCCCUCUCCAAGGUCAGUUUGGGGCUUCUUCCAGGUGUCGACAGGCGCGCAGGCAGGGACACGGACACGGACACGGACACGGCACUAGCACUGCAGUAUUCGCAUAUUCGCACAUGCACCUCGUCCUCGCUGCGGCUUAACACGCCUCUAUACUCUCUCCUCCGUCCUCUUUGGGCUCAUGAAUUCAUCAUCAUCAUCAUUUUCCCGCUCAUCUCAUUCAUCGCCGUCUCUUUCUUUCUUGUCUAUAGUUCGCCAUUCUAAUUGCUAUACACCCCCUGAUCUACACCUACUUCAUUCCCCAUCAUCGCUUGCAGUGGUGCACACCCGGAUCAACGCUGUCUCGAGUACCUCGCCAAACCCAUCCGUUCACACACCGCUCAGCCCUUCACUUUUAGCCUGGCAUCCUCGUCAUCUGCCUCGCUCCUCGACUCCACACUGCCAGUGGCAUCGAAGCGCCAGGGUCCGCCUUGCCACUUCCCGAUACCUCCCAUCCAUCCACUGCAUCAGCGCCGUCGAGUUUGUCAGAGAUCAUCGACUUCAUCCAGGAUCUGAACUCCCUUUGCAAAUUCUGGCGGACUUCAAGUCGAAGGAGUCAUCAGUACCUCAACAGCAGCGUUCCCUUUGUCGCCAUUUCCCCCCUCGCAUCUGGGGCGGCCUUGCCUGCCAACUACCUCGAUCGCAUGGAUUGUUGGCGCGCGCAGCCUUCCAGUUCCUGACCCUCGUCUUCCGGACAUCCUUGUCUUAUCGCCGUAUCCCUACCCCUCCGACGCCGUCCGUCGCCACCACCUUGACAACUCUGCCAGGUCUUUCCCGUCACGGUGUAGUAGUGAGAGGACGAGGUUCACAUAUUAUCGUUGUAUUGUUCAACAAACGCUCCGGAUGCGCAGCAGCUGGGCGGCCGUGACUCCGCCGUCGCUCGGAUCCUUGACUGUCGCCUAGCCUCACGCCAACCCCAUGAUGGCUGCGAUAUCGAGCCUCGUCUUGAACGAGAACGACAGUAUUCCAGCAAAGGACCGAAGGGACGACUCAGACACUCCCACCACGCCUCGAGCAAGUCGCCAUCAGCCUGCAUUUGCGCACGAGUCGAAUGUGGUCGGCGUAAAAGACCAACAACCGCCGCCAUCCUCGCAGCCCGCGAGCCACCGCGCGGAGCAAGAUGCCUCUGGCAAAAACCAUAACCAGAAUGCUGACGACGAUGGUCGCGGUCGGCAAGACUCCGGCUCAAUGGAUAUUGAUGAUGACGACGAUGACAACGAUCCACAUGGCUCGGACAAUGACGCCGAAGCGGGCGAGGCAGAUUCUGCCUCCAAAAAGAAGAAGGGCCAAAGGUUCUUCUGCACGGGCUAUCCUCCUUGCAAUCUAAGCUUUACGAGAAGCGAGCAUUUGGCCCGGCACAUUCGAAAACACACCGGCGAAAGGCCGUUUCAAUGUCAUUGUAACCGCCGGUUUUCCCGCCUGGACAAUCUGCGACAACAUGCGCAGACUGUCCAUGUGAACGAAGAAAUACCUACCGAUUCCCUGGCGGCUACCGGUACUCGAUUUCAACGGCAGAUCCGUACAGACCGCGUCAGACCGAGUGGUCGUCCCCGUACAGGUACCACCGGCAGUACUGGUGGGCACAGCCGGGGACACAGUCGGAAUCUUUCGACGUCGAGUAUCGGAUCGACAUCGUCCAACUACAGCGUGAUGACAGAAGCAAAGAGACGGCCGCCGCCGCUUCUCAUGGCUGGCGAUAGUGUAAUGAGACCCAGCCUCGGUAUCGAGCCGCCACAGACGCCGCCCGCGCAAUAUCAUGCAUACAAUCCAAAUUCCCCGGGUGGUAUGAGCACCCCUACGUCGGCCAACUUCUCGGCUACUCCAGGAAGUCCCGGGUUUAUGUCGUCCUUGGGGUCACCAGUGUCAAACAGUUCUCGGUCAGGAGGCUUCUUCGGCUCCAGGCCAACUACUCGUCGGCUUUCAGUUCCCUCCGGCCCAAACCCUUAUCAGAACCAAUAUCCUCCUGCGUAUCCCAUAUACGUGAAUCAGAUGGGGCCUCCAAGCUCUCAUGCUUCCUCAAACUCCAGUGUCUUUGCCAGUCCUACUUCAACCACAUUCCCUCUCGUCCCUGGUCAACCAGUCCCUUCUGGAGACGAUUGGCGCAGACGGACCUGGCAUGCAUCAACUCUCACUGCCAAUUUCAACUAUCAGCGCCCAGCAACUAGUGGACUAACCUACUCGCAAACUCCCGAUGCACCUCAGCCCGCCCAUGCACAAUAUGCCACCACUGCUGCUGGUCAUGCCCCUCGACUUCCAGGCAUAGAGAGCUUCGACCAUGUCCAGCAUCGGUCAUAUACACCUCCUCGACGCCAACCAAGUCCGAUGCAGGGUACGGAACCCUCCGGGGACAUGCAAUUUUCUCCUCCGAGCCGGGACCUUCGUUUCCGCAGCGGGCAUGCUUCGUGGGAUGGGCCUGGUCCUAGCCAGUACUCGGACCCUCAUCAUCAACGUGACGCAAGCCACGCUGCGGCGUCCUGGAGCCAACAAGCGAUCAAUGAGAUACAUAAUGCGGCGAAUAUAAUACGCGAGCCAUCAAGGGAUGUGAACAUGGGACCAUCCCUUUCUAUGGGUCCGCCUCAGCAGCAUCAAAUCCCUCGGGAGCUGGACGCACAGUCUUCUCAUAGACAGCUGAAAAGACAGGGAUGGUAUAACGGACCGUUGCCGCCAGCGCGAACAUCGCCAGAAGAUUCAAGCAGUAGUGAUGGAGUACCGACCCCUGGCAUGACUGCGGUAGAAGUGCACCCUAUGAUCAUGCAUAGCAAUGGUUACAUGGAACCCCAGCAUUCCGCAAUACCUCACGAUGGACAUCAAAAUGUUUGUUUGGCUCCUCCUCCCAAUCUUGAGGCUGCCUAUCGGCAGAAUGCGACAUCCUUCGGUAGCCGUACGGAUGGCGGUGGAGGCGGGAUGAAUCGGCUCGAAGCCUUGGUAGCUGUGGCGACCAGCGAGGAGACCAGCGCCCGGUGAGCCGGCAGGGAUAACCUGUCACCUUGAUGAUUGAACUCCUAACUGCAAGACGUGUCUGGAUCCUUAUGACGGCCGAGAGCAGAGGUACGCUUUUGGAAUGCAGCCUCUCUGGCUGUGGAUUCAUCUUGACGACCUGCAUUCAAAGAUACCCACGUUUAUUUUUGGUUUGGUCCUGUUGUUUGACGUCUUUACGCCCUUUGAAUUGCCUGGAUGCAUGCAUAUGGCUCACGACUCCUGUGUUUUGAUUUUGUGUUUUCACGCAAGCGGGCGUUUGGGAUCGGGAACUGGAUUGCUUGCUUGAGCGUACCAUGGCACUGCUCACCCGCGUUUACGAUUUCAUGCGGUGCUGAUUACAGCACACCCUCAGUUGGAAAUGAUGAUGGGUCUUGAUGUUGGCUCGCCUCUCAUCCCAGCUAUCUACAUGAUCAGUGGGGGUAUUCUUCAAUCUUUGUGACUUGGGGCAGUUUUGGCCCACUUGCCGAUGGGGUUGUGGCUUUGAUGAUUGAUGUUACACAUAUUCUGUCCAUGAUCUGCCAAUAAUGACAGUUUUUGCACUGCAAUACCUUUAUAGAAAAUGAUCUCCAUACGAAAUCAAUAAGUCUUUGUCUCAACUAGAUACUGACUACUAACAAC